AUGCGUUUUCCGUCCUUCCCGACCGUCGUCCGCGCCUUUUACACCCUCAGCAACACCACCACCCGCCGCUUUCCGUCCAUCUUCCAGCAGCAGGGCCGCCUCGCAAACAACCCGCGCAUCCCCUACUCGAUCAAAUCCAUGCCCACGAUCCCAUUCUUGGGAAGUCUAUUCUCGACGAGCAGCAGGAGCACCAUGAGCUACCCCCUACAGAAGAGCGACGAAGAAUGGCGGGCGGUGCUCUCGCCCGAACAAUUCCGCGUCCUCCGCACCCAAGGCACCGAAGCGCCCUUCAGCGGCGAGUACGACAAGCACGCGCCGGCGGCGGGCACGUACAACUGCGCGGGCUGCGACGCGCCGCUGUACACGGCGCAGCACAAGUUCAAGUCGGGCUGCGGCUGGCCCGCCUUCUUCGACACGGUGCCCGGCGCCGUCGUGCGCCACACGGACAGCACCUUCGGCAUGCAGCGCACCGAGAUCGUGUGCGCCAACUGCGGCGGCCACCUCGGCCACGUCUUCAAGGGCGAGGGCUACCCCACGCCGACGGACGAGCGGCAUUGCGUCAAUAGUGUGAGUUUGAAGUUUAGGAACGAGGGGGAGGCCGGGGAGGGGGGGAAGGCGGGGAAGGCGUGA